AAGGAAAGGUGGAGUCCAGAAAAAAAAAAAAAAAAAGAAAAGAAAAGAAAAAAAGUGGCUCCGUCUCUUUCUCUCGUCUAAGCGCUCGCACAGUGCGGGAGCCAACCUAAGCAUCUCAUUCGUUGUUUGUUCUUCGGAAAAACACACUACUCGAGAACACCUGCACUUCUUCUUUGCCACUCCCAAUUCCGGCAAACUCCUUCUUCUUUCUUUCUCUUCAAUCUCUAAUUCUGAUUAUAUCUUUUUUUUUUUUUUUUAAUUUUAAUCUCCAGUUCAUCAUCAACAUCUUCUCCCGCGAUUUCUCUCUCCAUCUUUCCCGUUUCCGCUUUCUAUAAACUAUUCUCCUAGUAUGGAUGAAAUGUACGGUUUACAAUCCACGGCGGAGUAUUCAGAUAAGGCUUUGAUGUCACCCGAGAAUCUGAUUAUUCCACCGGAUUAUCAGAGCCUUCUAGUCAGUUCUGGAGAGUUUCGCGAUCGGAUUCCCGUGUUUGGAUCCAACGAACUACUUUCAGCUGCAGCAUCAGCGAUUUCGGAAGCUGAAGCAGCAUCGAUCACGCCGGAUAUUCAACGUGAAGAAGAUAUGGUGAACGUGAUCAAAGCUAAAAUUUCUUCUCAUCCUACUUAUCCUCGUUUGCUCGACGCCUAUAUCGACUGCCAAAAGGUUGGGGCGCCUCCGGAGAUUGCACAUUUGUUAGAGGGAAUCCGUCAAGAAAGCGACUUUUGUAACCGUCAUGCUGUCACCACGUGCUUAGGUGUCGAUCCUGAGCUCGAUGAAUUCAUGGAAACGUAUUGCGAUAUGUUGGUGAAGUACAAAUCAGAUCUCAAAAGGCCUUUUGAUGAAGCAACUACGUUCUUGAAUAAGAUCGAACUUCAACUUAGUAACCUCUGCAAUGGCGCCUUCUCCAAAAGUCUUUCCGAUGACGGUGCUGUCUCAUCGGAUGAAGAAUUGAGCGGUGGAGAGAUGGAAGUUGUGGAGGCGGAGGCUCAAACCAAAGGCGAGAACAGGGAUCUCAAGGACAAGCUUCUACGUAGAUUUGGGAGUCAUAUUAGUACCUUAAAAUUGGAGUUCUCAAAGAAGAAAAAAAAAGGAAAAUUACCAAAAGAAGCCAGGCAAACUCUCUUUGAAUGGUGGAACGUUCACUAUAAAUGGCCAUAUCCUACGGAAGCCGAUAAAGUAGCAUUGGCAGAGAGAACGGGGCUUGAUCAAAAGCAAAUUAACAAUUGGUUCAUAAAUCAAAGAAAACGCCACUGGAAGCCAUCAGAGAAUAUGCAGUUUGAAGGAAUGGAUAAUGGUCUUUCUUCUGGUAGAUUCUUCAGAGAGGACUGAAAAAAAAAGACUUCACUUUUAACCAUCUCAAGAUGUAUAUUCCCAAUUAUUGUUUCUUCUAAUUUGAGCUUUUGUUUGCUUCCCCCUUCAUGUAUAUCUCCAAAAAAAAAAAAAGAUAUAUAUAUAUAUAUAUAUUUAUAUGGCUGAAGAAUUUGGACACUGAAAAUUAUUGCUUGUGUUACAAAUAUAGAGAAUAAAUUCCAAGUUUCUUAUGUCU